AGCUGGUGUUGGUGGUGGAGGCGGCGGCGCUGCUGAGAGGCGGGGUACGGCAGGUGGUACGGCAGCUGCGUCACGCCGCCGGCUGGGGCGGCGACAGCGGGGACAGUGGUGACGGCGGUGGUGAUGGCAUGGGCUCUGAAACCGAGGCGGCGUUUGACGCGGUUGCUGCCUACGUGGCAGGCCGGGGGCCGUUGUCUGAGGUGCAGCGGCAUGACCCACGGGUCGUUUUGGGAGCUCUGGAGGCUAUGGAUACGGAGGUACUGGAGCAGCUGGAUGUGCCCGAUGUGGCAGCCACCCGCCGGGCGGUGUCGCUGCUGGCACGGGAGCUGCGGCAGGUACAGCAGCGGGGGCAGCAGCAGCGGGGCGGCUCGGAUGGGGCUGCUGCUGGUGGUGGUGAUGAUGAUAACGAUGGAAUGGAAGGAGGGAAGUGCGGUUUGGCGCCAGAGGCAGCAGCCGGUGUUGUGGCUUCCGGAG